AAACCUGCUGGGAUGUUUUCAGCCUUGGCCCGAGCUGCCUGAGCCCCCCCUGGGCCUGGAGGCUGCCUCUGGCUGGGGCUCAGCGGGCAGCCUUCUGGGACAGCCAUUUCUGAUUCAAGCCGGUGUUAAGCCAGCUGUCUGAGGACAGAGCGGAGCUGCUCCACCUCCGCCCGGCGUCCGACGGCAGCGGCAUGGCGCUCCGGGGAGCCUGCCUGCUCCUCUGCCUUCUCUCCCUCACCCAGGUCUCCACCCAGCAAAAUGCCAAAGUCCAGCAAAAAGCAGCAGCUUCCAAGAAAGAUGGUGUGAUCCUCAAAAUUAUUGAAGACCUGAAGGCCAUGAUUGACAACAUCUCUCAAGAAGUUGCUCUACUGAAGGAAAAGCAAGCACUCCAGACAGUUUGCCUGAAAGGCACCAAAAUUCACCUAAAAUGCUUUCUUGCAUUUUUGGAGACGAAGACAUACCACGAGGCCAGCGAAAACUGCAUCUCACAGGGAGGCACGCUUAGCACCCCCCAGAAUGGGGAGGAGAAUGAUGCCCUCUACGACUACAUGCGCAAGAGCAUUGGCUCCGAGGUGGAGAUCUGGCUGGGCCUCAACGACAUGGCGGCAGAGGGCAAGUGGGUUGACAUGACGGGCGGCCCCGUCCGCUACAAGAACUGGGAGACUGAAAUCACCACCCAGCCCGAUGGUGGCAAGCUGGAAAACUGCGCAGCCUUGUCGGGGGCCGCGGUCGGCAAGUGGUUCGACAAGAGGUGCAAAGACCAGCUGCCCUACGUCUGCCAGUUCAUGAUCGUGUAGCAGCAGGGUCUCCCCCCCGCCCACCCCCUUUGGCAGCAGGAUUAUAAAGCAAUAGGUAUGUGUAUGUGUACAUGUACGUAUGCAUCCACAUGUGCACAUGUUCAAGUAGAGUCACACUUUGCAGAGAAAGUUGUCACGGCUCAGUAUUGGAUUAGAGAGCGUUAGAGCAUUUUGUUUGGCCACAUCCAGCCCUGUUAGCAGCUGCAUCAUUCUUACUAAGGCACGAUUUAUAGGUAUAUUUUUUUACACAGGGAAUUUAUUAGGACAGCUCGGUUGUUUCGGCAAAGAACGAGCGCAGCAGUCCAGCCUUGCGAACAGCCACCUUGGCUGCCUGGGACUGUUGCUCUGCCUUGUCCUCUCCCAUCUUGCUGAGCUUUGCUGGGACACCAGCAAAGCUAGUUCCCACUUUCUUCUCCUGUUUUGGUUUGCCAUAAGCCCUGGUAGUGAGGCACACAGGAUUGAGCUACUUCUCCCUCACAGCACCCCGAUUCAGGCUCCUGGGGAUCGAGGUGCUGUCUCAACGAGCAGAGGGAGUUACCUCUGCUUUGUGUUGAGAGAUACAAUCGGGCUUACUGGCUGAGUACCAGGUGUUCAAUGGGUUGUCCAACUCAUCCAACUACGUGCAUGAAUGAAUUAGCAAGUACUAGGCAUGGGUUGACUUACUGAGAAAGGGGGCGUCCUUUCCAGAAGCAUUCCCCAUUUUGUUGGUCCUUUUCUCAUCAGUCAGAAGCCAAUGUUCCACUGAUUUCAGUGGGAGAACUAGACCCAUUGCCAGAUCUUUUUUAAAAAAAAAUCCCGUCAGAAGCUUUAUUUAUUCUUCAGUAUCACAGAGGAAGCAGCAAUGACUUACAACAUCAAAUACAUUCUUAGAAACAGAAGAUGAAAGUAUUAGGUAAAUUAUAGAAAUGUAAUGCUAUUAGGGAAUAUGCUGCCAUAU